UUAUGCAGCAAGUAUGGUUAUUCGUUAGGGUGCUCGUGUUUUUACAGGCCCACCAGUGACUUUUCUUGAAGGAGUACACCUCUGUCACACGCGCAUCUUGCGGCGCGGGAAGGAAGCUCUUCACAAACAACUGUGGCGGACUGUUUUGUGUAUAACUAACUGGAAAACGUCAACCGUUUUGGGUGAAAAUAACAGAGAAUGGUAAUAUGAAAAUACCCAGGCUGUACGUGGUUAGGAAUUUACCGACGUCUUCUCCCGCUUGGACAGCUGAGGAGAAGCCCAUGAAGAUGACAGUAGAAAAUCUGACAGUUACGCCUAGUCCUUGAUUAAACAGAUGUCUCGUUUUUUAUCACUUCCAAUGUACUCAACAUCAGCUCAGGUAUGAGAAAUGAAUAUUGGGAAGAGAAGAUUGAAACUGCUGCUGAUCGUCAUUGCAGUGAAUUUUGUGGUUUAUCUUAUUGUGGAAGUCUCAAGAGGUAAUCAGGGAAAGGAUUCAAAAAAUCGAGCAGCUGUUCCUACGUCACGAUUCUGGAAAUCAUUAAAGUCACCAAAGUCAACUGAGAAAGCGUACUGGAAUCGGGAACAGCAGAAACUAGAGGACCUGUAUAAUCCUAUUUUAGCUUUAUUAUCAAACACAACGGUAGAGGAAAAUCUGCUUACUAAUGCAAGCCUUCUGAAUUACUGUGAGCCUGAUUUUUCAGUCACAACUCAAGUCAAAGAUUUUCAGUCUUUGCCAGAACGAUUCAAAGACUUUUUGCUUUACUUAAGAUGUAGGAAUUAUUCUUUGGUGAUAGAUCAGCCAGACAAAUGCAGUUCUACACCAUUACUGCUGCUGGCUAUAAAAUCACUUAUUCCACACUUUGACAGGAGGCAAGCAAUACGAGAAUCUUGGGGAAGGGAGAUGAAGAUUGGUAAUGUGACUGUUGUGAGAGUAUUUUUAUUAGGACAAAUGCCAGCUGAAGACAGUUUUCCAAACCUUUCAGACAUCCUACAUUUUGAAAAUGAAAAACAUAAAGAUAUUCUUCUUUGGGAUUUUAAGGAUACAUUCUUUAACUUGACAUUGAAAGAGGUGCUGUUUCUUAAAUGGGUUACCACAUCCUGUCCUAAUGUAAAAUUUAUCUUCAAAGGGGAUGAUGAUGUUUUUGUAAAUACAUAUCGGAUUCUCGAAUUUUUCAGAAACUUGUCAAACAGCAAAGCAAAACAUCUGUUCAUGGGAGAUGUGAUUAAAGAUGCAGGACCACACAGGGAGAAAAAAUUAAAAUAUUAUAUUCCCGAAAGCUUGUACGAAGGUACUUAUCCUCCAUAUGCAGGAGGUGGUGGUGUCCUUUACUCUGGGGAAGUAGCACAUAGACUUUAUAACGUAUCUCAGCAAGUUCUUCUGUAUCCUAUUGACGAUGUCUACAUUGGAAUGUGCCUUAGAAAACUUGGUUUUGCUCCAGAGAAACACAAAGGUUUCAAAACAUUUGGUAUAGAUGAGAAAUAUAGGAGUAAUAUAUGUGUUUAUAGAAAUUUAAUGCUGGUACAUAGCAGGAGUCCUCAAGAAAUGAUUACAAUAUGGUCAAAAUUGAAGAGCCCAGACUUAAACUGCUAAAACCAGGCGCUGAUAAUUAUUCAGUUGCUGGUAUUUAUUUUGCACAAUAAUUUAAGGCCUUAAAGCUGUUCUGGGUUACCAGAAUCACUGGUCACCUGUUACAUAUUCUAGUCUGCCAUUUUAUGAAGCUUUAAUGUUUUCUGGUGACAGAAAUGCUGAGAUCAUAAUUUAAAAUUUAACUCUUGUAAUUCUCAGGUUUAAAGUGGCAGCAUCCUUUGAACUGCUGAGUAUGUGUAAAUCCACAGUAUUCCAGAUAUUUUAAAUAUUCUGGGUUUGAGUUCUGAUAUAGAAAUGUUUCUGUUUGAAACUGUACAUCUUCACUGUUUAGUGAAUUGUAUUUUGAAAAUUUGCCUGCCGACUGCUGACAUGUACUGUAGGUUUUGGGGGGAGAGGGGGUUACUUCGCUGAUGGUAAUUUUAUUGUUAGAUUCUUCCAUAUUUCCUUCUUACUUGAAUGUCUUAUCAGCACUGUGACUAGUCUGAUUUCAGUUACAUGUUUGAUACCAAAUAAGUGAGCUAGAAGUUGUAAGGUAAUUUGGAUAUGCUUGUGUUACUCUCCAGCACUAUAAUUUAAAUGCUGAAGUAGGAGGUAUAAUUUUGAUGUUUGCUAUCUGUUCAUCAUAAAUGUUUACCAGCAUAAAAACAUGUUUCUUAGCUGUUGUGUUGCAUUGCCUAAACAGAACCUACAAAAAUCAUACACAAUAUAUAGAUGUAAGUGCACGUUCAAGAACUCAGUGUACUGCUGUUGUACAUGAAGAUGGUUUUAAAUGACAAAAAAAAAAUUACAAGUAUUAUAUUCACAUCUUGUAGUUAGCAAGUUUUCUUUGUUGAUGAUAUAGAAGUGCCUGCUGUUUUAUUUAUUUUUUCAGAGUUUGGGACCAAAAUAUUCUCAGUGAGUUAUAUUUUAGGUUCACCUUUUAUUUGUAUAUGAAGUGUUAAGAAAAUAUUACUGAGCAUGAGCAUAUAAAUGACAAUUUCACCUACGUAAAUAAAGAUUAUUUAAAUGGUGGCUACAGAA